AUGUCACCCGAAGUACUGCCAAGUGAGCAAGCGAGCGAUCAUGUUUCGCGGUCGUCUUCUCCCGACCAGGCACUUCAGACGCGCCGAGAGCGGAACCGCGAGGCCCAAAAGGUCUUCCGCAAACGCAAGCAAGCUGCGGAAGAGAUCCAGGCGACGCGCCUGCAGCAUCUAGAAACCACCGUCGCCAAGAUGAGCUCCGCGGUCGUUGAUCUUGUCGACUGGAUGCUGGACAUCGAGGCGCUGAAGCAGGAAGUAGGGGUCUUGACGCGGAUCCAGGACAUGGUGGCGCACGUGUUGGCUUUGGCUGACGAUGCUGUGGCGUUAGAGGAUGAGCUUCCGAAGAGAAGGAAGAGGAAGCUUAGAGGAGCGAAGAAGACCCCAAUACCAAGUCCCGACCCCCAAGACCAUGCUGGCGCGGGCAUGAAAGAGGACGAUGCUUGUCCUCGAGAUAACACAUCCCACGUGGCAUCGUCUCCGCAGGCAAACUUCUUAGCACCAGAACCCCCAUCCCUCACACCAGACGACCAAAUCCUCUCUCACCUCACAUCCCUAGCCUGCCGCCCAAAUUCACUACCCCCUUCCCUUGGAACCUUCCACUGCGGCUCAACAACCACCCUCAGCCCAGACUCCUUCAGCUUCCGCCUCACGCACACCUGCUUCACUCUAGGCUACCUCGUCCUCAGCAAAUCCCUCGACUCACCCCUCCCGCACGGAGAAGAGCCGCGCAUCUUCAGCUCGACGCUCAGAUACCGCAACAGAGAUGACAUCAUCACAAAGAUGAGGUGGCUCGUCGGACCAGGCCAGCACGAGCUCCAACAAGCCGCAGAACUACCCAUGGGCGGACGCUGGUACGGCGACGAAUUCAGCUCCGAGGACCUGUCGCCGGAGAACCUUGACCUCUUUGAGAAGACGGCGCUGGCGGAUGCUCGACAGACGCGGUUUCUGAGUGUCGCUGGUGUUGAGAGGCAGCUUAUUGCUCUCGGUGCUCGGGUGGUGGAUAAGGAGACGUUGGAGCUGAGGUUGAAUGGGCCGUUGAAGCUGGUUGGGGAUACGGGCAAGAAACGGUCUUUGGCGUCGGAGAACUUUGAAGAGAAGGUCGAGGAAGGCUUUUACGGUGCAGCUGAAUAUUACGCUGCUGAUUGCUAA